AGAGUAAAUUAGGUGUUUUUGCAAGCAAAAAAUGGGAGGAUGUUGUGCCUCAAAAGUUGCGCUGAUGUUUCUUGUAUUGAGCGUGGGAGUUCUUCCCACUACUUUGGCCACGGAUUACGAGGUAGGUGACAGUGCAGGUUGGGCGCUUGGAGUUGAUUUUGAAGCAUGGGUCAGUUCCAAGACAUUCCAUGUCCAAGACACCUUGCAUUUCAAUUUCACGAGUCCUCACACGGUGGCUUUGGUGGAUCAAUCUGCAUACCUGACUUGUAACGCUUCGGAUCCGAUAAUCAACGACGUGAGCGGCAGCUUCACCUUCACUCUCAAUCCCACCGGUGUCUACUCAUUCAUCUCUGCUGGGGAUGGAGACUGUGAUGCUGGCCUCAGGAUGGAACUUGCUGUAGACUGAAACCAAAUCCCACACACAGACCCACAUGUGUGUGUGUGUAAUUAUGCAUUAAAUGUUCAGAUGUUUGGAGAAUAAUGCAUGCAUGCAUGAUGAUCCUGUGCAUGUUGGAUUGGGAUCAUCAUUCUUGCAAUUUCUGUGUUGUUUGAGUUAUAUGUUUACAACAAAUGUAUUUUUUAUUUUUGUGAGUUGCAACAAAUGUAUUGUAAUGGUCAUCAGUUGUGACUUUUGUUUAUAGAUAACAAAAGAAAUAAACUGCACAUGGACCUAUGAUUUAA